UUCAUCCUUCACAACUGUAGCAACAGCUACCGAAAUCAAUAUGGCUUUUUCCGACACUACAUAUGUCAAUUUAUCCAUUUUCUUGCUGCUUUUGGCUUCAAGUGUUUCAGCUCAGAGCUCAUUUCGCCCACCUGCUCUAGUUCUUCCGGUCCGAAAGGAUGCUUCCACUUUGCAAUAUGUGACCAAAAUCAACCAAAGAACACCCUCAGUUUCCCUGAACCUGGUUCUUGAUCUUGGAGGCCAAUUCUUGUGGGUUGAUUGCGACAAAAAUUACAUAUCAUCUACGUACCGCCCGGUUAGAUGCCGCAGUGCCCAGUGCUCACUAGCUGGGAAUGAUGGGUGUGGAAAUUGUACCAAUGGGCCUAAGCCAGGGUGCAACACUAACACCUGCGUCGUUUUCCCUGACAACACCGUCACUCAUACUGCCACCGGGGGAGAGGUAGCUCAGGAUUCUCUCACCGCAGCAUCAACCGAUGGCUCGAAUCCAGGUCGAUCCGUCACGGUUCCUCAGUUCAUUUUCGGAUGUGGCUCUACUUUUCUGUUGAAAGGACUUGCCAGUGGUACAGUUGGCAUGGCUGGACUUGGCCGGGCUAGAAUUGGACUGCCAUCCCAGUUGUCUGCUGCCUUCAGUUUCCAUAAAAAGUUUGCAAUUUGCCUAUCAACUUCAUACACGGUUGAUGGUGUUGUCUUUUUCGGUGAUGGCCCUUAUAAUUUUCUUCCAAAUGUUGAGGCAGCCGGGUUUUUGCAAUACACCCCGCUUUUCAUCAAUCCAGUGAGCACUGCUGGAGUUUCCAGCCAGGGCGAGCCGUCGGACGAGUACUUCAUUGGAGUUAAAUCUAUCAGGGUGGGCGACAAGGCUGUGAAAUUUAACAACACAUUGCUGACCAUUGAUAGACAAGGCUACGGCGGAACGAAGAUCAGCACUGUCAAUCCUUACACUGUACUGGAGACUUCCAUCUUUAAAGCAGUCACCAAUGCCUUUAUUAGUGAAGCUGCAGCAAGGAACAUCAGUAGAGUUGCUGGUGUAGCACCCUUUGAGGUGUGUUUCAGCUCAGAGAAUGUUCUUGGCACAAGACUUGGUGCAUCAGUUCCAUACAUUGAACUUAUUUUUCAGGGUCAAAAUGUGGUUUGGACCAUCACUGGUUCAAACUCCAUGGUUUCUGUGAAUGAUAAUGUUCUGUGCCUUGCAUUUGUUGACGGCGGAUUGAAUCCCAGAACCUCAAUUGUGAUUGGUGGUUAUCAGUUGGAAGAUUUGCUCUUGCAAUUUGAUUUGGCAACUUCAAGACUGGGCUUCACCUCUACGCUUUUGGGCGCUCAAACCACAUGCUCCAACUUCAACUUCACAUCCACAGCCUAAACUACGUCAAUUUUUGAUGCUUUGUGCUUUCAGAGAAAUCUGCCUCAAGAUUGCGCUUGAUGGAGGAUGAGGUCUCUAGCAGCUUUGGAUGUGGCGAGAUUGUUUUGUCAGUGGUUGGGGUUGAAGAUGCAGAUGCUUCGGUGAUGUUUGUGUCUGAAACAGUCUCCUCUGGCAUAUUAUUUAGGGGAGAUGUUGGUCUUGUUAGCAAUGUGUGUGGCGUGCUCUGUAUGACUUGCUGAGAUAGUGCUUCACUUGCUGAUUGUUGUGGGAUGAAUGUUGUUAAAAAGUAGAGCGGCAUAUACUGUCAGACUUUAGAAAUAUCCGAUAUCUGUCUAGGUCCUGAACUUCUGUCAAGCUUCGAAUAAAAGCAGAAUAUGGAUUUUCAUCAAGUAUAGACCUCAGCUGUUGUACAAUAGACUCUUUGAAUUUGCCUGAGAUAGCCAUUCUAUUUGCUAACUCAUGUUCUGUAUCAUAAAAAUACAGUUGCAAGUUUGAUGCCUUGUCAUCAUCAGAAGGAAAUAAUGAGUUCAUAAAAUGGUAUAUCU